AUGAACUUGACCCUCCAGUCCUGUCCGCUAGACAUCGCCGAACGAAUAAUAGCGUACCUAGACCUGGAAGAUAUACGGAACCUACGACUGACGGCCAAGGCUGUGACCAUCAAAUUCUCGCAAGGCCGCUUUCGAGGUCUCUGUCGCAUGAAACAGCUCGAUUUGACAGCCGAGUUUCUGCAGGCAUUUACCAAGUCUAUAGCAUCCAGAAGCCAUCAACUCAAGCAUCUGUGUCUCGUCGGACUGUCGCGCAAACCGAAUCUACAUGGUGAUGCAAAAGCAGCAGGCAAAAGACAGGAAUGCCUCGCUGACUAUCUCGCAGACCUAUUCAAUGAGAUCGCAAAAUAUAACGAUGAUGGCUGCCUUGAGGCACUUACUCUUCGAGUAACUAAUGUUUACCAAGAUGGUUCGCGCCAUCUGCCGUCUGAAACUAAAGCUGUGCUGAUGCCAUGUCGUGUAUGGUUCUGCGCAGUGUAUAUGUGGCAGGUCGUGCUACAAGCCCUAGCCGUGAGUCGGCUGCGCAUCCAAAAGUUGAACCUUUUUAACGAUGAGUCGAUGAAACUGUGCAGUUUACCCUGUGACAGGCUCUAUUCUGUUGAGUUACAGGAUUCUAGGGUGGCAGAGUCAUUCUCAAUGCUCAAGUCGCUGUCUUUAAGUUUGUGCACAAGGGUUUUCAAUAUCUACCAAGACAUGGCCGAACCCGGCGAGAGCUAUCUUUGCGCCAAUGCAUGGCAAGAAGGAAUACAAAGGGAUUACCAAGCGGAAGCCACCGAUGAGGUCAAUUUUAUUGGCGUUGCGAAACUUAUCGGUUUAUGUAACCGGCUGGAGGAAUUGAACUUGCACUUCUUCCAUUUAUCCUUGGAACCCUUGAACAGACGCCGCGACUUUCAACUAGAGAGGAUUUUGCAACACAUUGUCGAGAUAGAAAAUCUACCAAGAUUGAAACGGGUCAGGCUCCGUGGUAUAGGUACCAGGGAGGCAGAUUUACUUCAGUUCAUCAGGCGGACCGAUCCUAGCGAGCUAUCUCUAGAGUUUAUCAAGCUAUUAAAGGGUGGAUUUUCUUCAAUCAUCGAGUACUGCACCAGUGACCAGUCACAUCUUACUAGGUUGUAUCUUGACACUUUAUAUGAGCUAGAGGACCCUCAGACCAUUGGAAUGGUACUUUUCCCUCGGCAUGAGAAAGCGAGAACAAUAGUUUGUGAUAGGACCUGGCAAUUGCCUAAAGCUGAGAACUGGGAACAGAGUGGAGACGAUAUCAAAAAACCAAUCCUGUUCCUAGUGGACGGUCCGAUUGAAAUUGGCACUCCAGUGAAUGCGGCGCGUAGUUUCUGGACAGAUACGGAGUAUGGAGCUUGGUAG